AAGCGUCACGUGACAGUGCUGUAUAUAGCUACACACAGGGUGUGCUGUCAAUUCGCCCUACUGCUCUUUUCUUUCCUCACUGCUGAUACAUCAGAUCUGGUCCGAGUAAGUUACGCGAACAAAUAAGGCUCUGAGACGGACGUGGCAGCGGUAAUUAUGACGGACCAGGCCUAUGUUACACUAGCUACAAAUGAUGCUUAUGGGAAGGGAGCACUGGUGCUUGGCACAUCACUAAGGAAUCAUAAAACAUCAAAACGGCUGGCUGUGCUAGUGACUCCACAAGUCUCAGAAUCCAUGAGGGCAGUGCUUCAAAAGUUGUAUGAUGAUGUCAGGCUAGUGGAUGUUUUAGAUAGUGGAGAUUCUGCACACUUGGCUUUACUACAGAGACCUGAGCUAGGAGUAACAUUAACUAAACUCCACUGCUGGACUUUAACACACUACUCAAAAUGUGUCUUUAUGGAUGCAGAUACAAUGGUAUUAUGUAAUGUUGAUGAGCUUUUUGAACGAGAAGAACUGUCUGCUGCCCCAGACCCUGGCUGGCCCGAUUGUUUUAACAGUGGAGUCUUUGUGUUUCGACCAUCCAUUGAAACCUAUGAACAGCUCCUGAAUGUUUGUGCAGGAAAAGGAAGCUUUGAUGGUGGAGAUCAGGGUAUCCUGAACAUUUUUUUCAACAAGUGGUCAACAUCCGAUAUAAACAAGCAUCUGCCAUUUAUUUACAACCUGAGCAGCAUAGCCAUUUAUUCAUACCUGCCAGCAUUUAAACAGUAUGGAGCAGAUGCCAAGGUAGUUCACUUCUUGGGGAAAGUAAAGCCAUGGAAUUUCAGUUAUAAUGCCACAACAAAGAGCAUUACAGGAGAAAGCCAAGAACUUUUCUCUCUUCAUCCAGAUUACCUGACACUCUGGUGGGAGACCUUUACCUUCUCGGUUUUACCUCUGCUUAUGGAACAUGGUGUGGUAAAGGAGUCCCAGACUGGCCUCAAGGCGCUUUCAAGCUUGGUCUAUGCACUGGCUUUCUCUUGUGGCUUCUGUAGAGAGGAGGAAGUCACAGAAGCGAUGUCACAUAUUCACUUAAGUGAGCCUCCUCCUCCACCACCAAUCUCCUCAGAGGAGCGCAAACAAAAAUGGGAGCAAGGUCAAGCAGACUACAUGGGAGCAGACUCCUUUGAAAAUAUUCAGAAGAAACUAGAUAGCUUCCUGAAAUAGUCUUCAUUGUCUUCAGGGAAGACUUGGCAGUUCCAUAUGGAUGGAUUCCAAAAGGUUACUAAAGCAUCAACUAUUCAGUCCACUUAAGCAUUCUUCUUAUGGACUAAAUGUUUACAGAGAUUAAUCUAGAUUUGGACAGAUGUGGUGCAAAGAGGCUUUUUGUCUACAUUUUGGUUUUUUCCACUGUUUAAACUUUUUAUAUGGGGGAACUCUAAGCUCAGGCCUUUUUUGACUGGUCAUAAAUAAGCCUUCCAUUGCAAAGUAGCACAUUUAACCAUUUUAGGUUUAAGUCAGGCUGUGGUGAAGGUCUUCAGGUAAGAUGUCAUAUUUUUGAAGAUCAUGUUGAAUCAGUUGAGUUUUGCUUACUUGGUAUGGUUGCUCUUAGGUUUUAAUCAUCUCUGCAAUUGAAACUCUGAUCUUGUAGAGUAGCUUUGCAAACAGUAAUUCACUCCAAAUAUAAAUUUGCAAGUAAAGGAAAACUAAGCUCAGCUGAUUUUUGCAAGACUUUCUACUGCUGCACUGACUAAAAUCAAAUGCAAUAUCCUGAUAUUUGGGUUUUUACUUCAUCUUCUGUUGAGGAUGCUGUUAUUGCAGACUGUAAUGGCAGUGAAGCACUCCCACAUUGCUCAAGAUUUAAGGAAGUCUCUUGCACUUAGAGCUACAAGCACUGCACACUAUUAGCAUUAUGUAGUGCACACUAAACCUUGAAGCUGGAGCAUUAUCAAGCAGCCUUCAUAAAUGUUUUGCAUUGCAACUCCUACUGAAAUGUAACUGUUGCCUAUACCUUGGCACUUUAUCUGCAAAAUAAAACUAGUGAUGUGAAACCUG